AUGUUCAACUUCCCAAGCCCGAGGCCGCAGCUGCUCAAGCGUCCCCACCACGUUUGUGCCCUCGGCCGUAUCGGCAAAAUGGGCAACUCGAGCUCCCGAUAUGAGCAGAACAUGUUAUCAAAUCUGCCCCCGGGCUACAUUCCUGCAUAUCCUGCUGUGCCUCCCUAUGCAAUGAAGAAGAAAGGCUGGAACCCCUUCGGUAAAAGCAGGAAGAGGCGCGAGGAAGAGAUGAAACAAUACUACUAUACCACACCCUUCGUAUGGAUGUACCCACCUGGAAGCUCCUAUCCCAUUCCCAACCCUAUAGGCCCGUCUGCCAACGGAGGGAUCACGGCUGGACAGAUGCCUAUACCAGCGCCAGCGGCGCCAGUGAUACCAGACUCUGGCCGUUAUCGUCGGCGCAGUUAUGACUCUUACGAGGACUCCGAGUAUGAGCGUGACCGGCGGUAUCGAAGACAACCACGCCGCCCUUCGUACGACUCCUCGGGAGCAUAUACGGCCAAUCCUCUUCCAAUGCCUCCGCGCAACGUCUUGGCAGAGACGCCGCAUCGCCGAGUUCUCUCACUUCUACCGUCCGGUGGUUCACGGCAUCGCGACUUUCGACGCGACUACCGUGACUACGAACCGCGAGACUACGAACCGAGGCAUAGGCGAAGACAUACCACCGAUCAUUACCGCGGACGCGACGACCUAGACGAGAUCGAGAGAGAUAGAAGACGCCGGGAAAGAGAUCGUGAGCGCGAAAGGGAGGAGCGGGAACGAGAACGGGAGGAGCGGGAAGAAGAAGAACUCGACAGGGAGGAAGAAAGAGAAGAGCGCGAAGAAGAACGGGAGGAACGCCGUGAAGAGCUAGAAGAGCGCCGACGUCUGAGGCGCACGCGCAACAUGGGUUUCGACACGGUCGCGACGGGGAUAUCCAACAUGUUCAGUCGCGGGCCCUCCGUGCGCAUGCCUGAACCAUAUGAGGCUCAGCAGCCCAUGCGUGGGCCCACACCGGCGCCCAACCUACAGCCAUCUUCGCCCAUGCCUCCUGCUGGCCUUGGUGUCGGCGGCUUCGUUCCGUCAGCGAACUCGAGCGCGGGUCCACCACCUCCGCCACCUAUGCCGAUGCCUCCUCCUUCUACAACUCCCUACCCGUACGGCGCGGGGGCUCCGGGAAUGAUGCCGACCCCGAACCCAGUCACUCCGGGUGUCAUGCCUUCCGCGGUUAUACCGCCCAUGUCAAUGCCAACACCGAACAUGAAUGGGCAGAGCAUGCCUGGCGGAAUGGGCGGCCCAGUUAUACCUGGCCAGACAGUGCCUAUGCCAGGCAGUCCUUACUUCCCUCAGCCCUUCGCUGGCGGUGGGCCUGGGCUGCCAGGUACUCGCGAGCCGAUUCUUAUCGGGGAACCCCUCCAGAUAUCGGAGUAUAUGUAUCCGGGAAUACCUGCCGCUAGUGACGGAGGGCCGUUCAUCUACAAGAACGAACAGUAUCCGACGUCUCUCCACCUAUUCGAGGCUCUCAAGUUCAUGCCUCAUCGGGAAGAUAUAGCCCGCGAGAUUCGUCGUAUCCCAGAUCGGACAGAUAUGAUCCAGUUCAGUGAGCGCAAUGCUGCUGCACGCCGUACUGACUGGGAUCAGGUCGCCUUGAGCAUGAUGGACGAAGCUCUGCUCGCGAAGUUCAGAUAUAACGAGAUUCUUCGCAACAAGCUGCUUGAGACCGGACAGCGCCCUCUCGAGUUCAGUGAUCCCAUAGACUCGUUCUGGGGCGCCAAUUACGAUGGCACUGGUCAGAAUCAUAUGGGCCAUUCUUUGGAACGCGUUCGCCAGAUCCUCUUUGAGGAGUAUCGCCGCUGA